AUGAAGAAAAAGACAAAAUAUACUGCCACGUGGCGGCUUCUCUUAAAAACCAAACUAUUGAAAAAGGUGUUGUCAAUGCUAGCAGAUGAAAAGAAGCAGAAUAAGAAAGAGAGAGACAAUGCUCUUAAUGAGAGAGUUCCACCUCUCAAACUAUCUGGACUGUCUGCACAGGAACUGCAGGAUCUUUGCAGAGAGCUUCACCACAAGAUUGAUGUAGUUGAUGAAGCCCGAUAUGACCUUGAAGUGAAAGUGGAUAAAAAUGAAAAAGAGAUCCAGACUCAGACCCAGAAGAUUUGGGACAUGAAGGGUUCAAUGAACAGAAUCAAACUGAAGAGGGUUAAGAAGUCUACUGAUGCUAUGUUUGGUGCUAUGACCAAAUCCAAACUGUCAUCAAAGUCUGAUUUCAAAGCCAACCUAAAAACAGUAAAGAAAGAAGAAGAGAAGAAAGAAGAGGUGACUAACUGGCGUAAGAAUGUGGAGGCAAUGUCUAGAAUGGAGGGCAGGAAGAAGCUCUUUAAUGCUGUUCAAUAAAAAUGUACAAAGCAACUUUGUCACAUGAUGUCUAACAUAUUUAAUGGUUUGCAUUUCUCAGAUAUUGAGUGUUUUGUGAAGCAUUGUAAAAAGAUCUUUCAGUUAACUCUGUACCUAGAAAGGGAAAUGAGAUAUGUAUACCAAGACUAGGAGGCACCCACUACAUUUAUGGUUCUAUGUAAGAAAAUCCAAACUGUACAAAUUAGAUUAUUUAAGUUGUUGUUACUAUUGUCCAUUAAACACAGAAAACACUGUUUAUAUUGUUAAUAGGUGUGUGUUUUUGUAGGAGACCUUAGGACUUAGUUUGUCUUUACCAGUGCCUCCCCUUUUCUGCAAUUUGUAUACAGUCUGUAUACAUGUUUGGUGUAUUGAAAUGCUAAAUACAUAAUUUAUUCAUGAGAAUUAAG